AUGUCUAAAAUAAAUUUGAAUGUAACAAUUGACAAAUGUGCGGAUGAUCCUUGUCAAAAAAAUGGAACGUGUAUUGACCUCAUAAACAACUACGGGUGUCAAUGUGUCGAUGGAUUCAAUAGAACAAAUUGUACAAACGAUAUUGAUGAAUGUGUUGAAAAUCCAUGUCAGAACAAUGGAACAUGCCUUGAUCUGAUCAAUAAUUACGAAUGUAACUGUGUUGCAGGAUUCAAUGACACUAACCGUACAUACACUAAGAAUAUUAAUGAGUGUGGUGGAAAUCCUUGUCAAAACAAUGGAACAUGCGUGGACCUCAUCAAUGAUUACAAUUGCAGUUGUGAGGCAGGAUUUAAUGGAACAAUCUGUGAAGAGAAUAUUGAUGAAUGUUCUGAUAGUCCUUGUCAGAACAAUGGAACGUGUGUGGACCUCAUCAAUGGGUAUGAGUGUAACUGUUUUCCUGGAUUUAAUGGAACCAAUUGCGAAGAGGAUAUUGAUGAAUGUGCUGAAAAUCCAUGUCAGAACAAUGGAACAUGCCUUGAUCUCAUCAAUGAUUACCAAUGUAACUGUGCUGCAGGAUUCAAUGACACUAAUUGUACAAACAAUAUUGAUGAAUGUUCAGAAAGUUCGUGUCUAAACAAUGCAACAUGUGUGGAUCUCAUCAAUGAUUACAACUGCAGUUGUGUUGCAGGAUUUAAUGGAACAAACUGUGAGGAGAAUAUUGAUGAAUGCGCCAAUAGUCCUUGUCAGAACAAUGGAACAUGUUCGGAUCUUAUCAAUGGUUAUGAGUGUAGCUGUGUUCCUGGAUAUAAUGGAACCAAUUGCGAGGAAGAUAUCGAUGAAUGUGCAGAAAAUCCUUGUCAAAACAAUGCAACAUGUGUGGACCUCAUCAAUGAUUACAACUGCAGUUGUGUUGCAGGAUUCAAUGGAACAAACUGUGAGGAGAAUAUUGAUGAAUGCACCAAUAGUCCUUGUCAGAACAAUGGAACAUGUGCGGAUCUCACCAAUGGUUAUGAGUGUAGCUGUGCUUCUGGAUUUAAUGGAACCAAUUGCGAGGAAGAUAUUGAUGAAUGUGCUGAAAAUCCAUGUCAGAACAAUGGGACAUGCCUUGAUCUCAUCAAUGAUUACCAAUGUUACUGUGCUGCAGGAUUCAAUGACACUAAUUGUACAAACAAUAUCGAUGAAUGUGCAGAAAAUCCUUGUCAAAACAAUGCAACAUGUGUGGACCUCAUCAAUGAUUACAACUGCAGUUGUGUUGCAGGAUUCAAUGGAACAAACUGUGAGGAGAAUAUUGAUGAAUGCACCAAUAGUCCUUGUCAGAACAAUGGAACAUGUGCGGACCUCAUCAAUGGUUAUGAGUGUAGCUGUGCUCCUGGAUUUAAUGGAACCAAUUGCGAGGAGGAUAUUGAUGAAUGUGCUGAAAAUCCAUGUCAGAACAAUGGGACAUGCCUUGAUCUCAUCAAUGAUUACCAAUGUUACUGUGCUGCAGGAUUCAAUGACACUAAUUGUACAAACAAUAUCGAUGAAUGUGCAGAAAAUCCUUGUCAAAACAAUGCAACAUGUGUGGACCUCAUCAAUGAUUACAACUGCAGUUGUGUUGCAGGAUUCAAUGGAACAAACUGUGAGGAGAAUAUUGAUGAAUGCACCAAUAGUCCUUGUCAGAACAAUCGAACAUGUGCGGACCUCAUCAAUGGUUAUGUGUGUAGCUGUGCUCCUGGAUUUAAUGGAACCAAUUGCGAGGAGGAUAUUGAUGAAUGUGCUGAAAAUCCAUGUCAGAACAAUGGGACAUGCCUUGAUCUCAUCAAUGAUUACCAAUGUUACUGUGCUGCAGGAUUCAAUGACACUAAUUGUACAAACAAUAUAGAUGAAUGUGCAGAAAAUCCUUGUCAAAACAAUGCAACAUGUGUGGACCUCAUCAAUGAUUACAACUGCAGUUGUGUUGCAGGAUUCAAUGGAACAAACUGUGAGGAGAAUAUUGAUGAAUGCGCCGAUAGUCCUUGUCAGAACAAUGGAACAUGUGCGGAUCUCAUCAAUGAUUAUGAGUGUAGCUGUGCUCCAGGAUUUAAUGGAACCAAUUGCGAGGAAGAUAUUGAUGAAUGUGCUGAAAAUCCAUGUCAGAACAAUGGGACAUGCCUUGAUCUCAUCAAUGAUUACCAAUGUAACUGUGCUGCAGGAUUUAAUGACACUAAUUGUACAAACAAUAUCGAUGAAUGUGCAGAAAAUCCUUGUCAAAACAAUGCAACAUGUGUGGACCUCAUCAAUGAUUACAACUGCAGUUGUGUUGCAGGAUUUAAUGGAACAAACUGUGAGGAGAAUAUUGAUGAAUGCGCCGAUAGUCCUUGUCAGAACAAUGGAACAUGUGCGGACCUCAUCAAUGGUUAUGAGUGUAGCUGUGCUCCUGGAUUUAAUGGAACCAAUUGCGAGGAGGAUAUAGACGAAUGUGCUGAAAAUCCAUGUCAGAACAAUGGAACGUGCCUUGAUCUCAUCAAUGAUUACCAAUGUAACUGUGCUGCAGGAUUCAAUGACACUAAUUGUACAAACAAUAUCGAUGAAUGUGCAGAAAAUCCUUGUCAAAACAAUGCAACAUGUGUGGACCUCAUCAAUGAUUACAACUGCAGUUGUGUUGCAGGAUUUAAUGGAACAAACUGUGAGGAGAGUAAGUUAAUUAAUGAACCUAAGACAAAUGAAACUUUAGAUCACAUUUUAAAUAUCACAACUCUGCGAAUCCUGAAACGUCAAUGCUUAAGAACAUUGGCUGUCCUUUGUAUAAGUGAAAGUUGGGAUUACAUGAAAGACGUUUUUACAGAUAUUGAUGAAUGCGCCGAUAGUCCUUGUCAGAACAAUGGAACAUGUGCGGACCUCAUCAAUGGUUAUGAGUGUAGCUGUGCUCCUGGAUUUAAUGGAACCAAUUGCGAGGAGGAUAUAGACGAAUGUGCUGAAAAUCCAUGUCAGAACAAUGGAACAUGCCUUGAUCUCAUCAAUGAUUACCAAUGUAACUGUGCUGCAGGAUUCAAUGACACUAAUUGUACAAACAGUGAG